AUGAGCCACUCCGAACGAGCGUGGUCGCGGUCAAAGAAGCUCCCCUGUACUGAUGCAGGUACCGCACCGAUCCCGGGAUACACGCAGCCACCGACCACCUUCUUUCUCAGAAGAGAGAGGGACAUGAAAAAGGCUCAGGCCGAGAAGAGUGACCAGCAACAGGAUCAGGACAACAACUAUGGCGUCGAGAGCCUGGAUGAAACCCUCGAGGUUGCCUUCGCCUCCACGACCCCAGAGUCGUCUUCGUCUCCGUCGAACACCGUCUCUGGCAAGAAACGGAAGAUUGGAAACCCCGUCCACCCCAAGAUCGCUGCAGCUGCCCAACGCAUCAUAUCUUCCGAAGAGCGGCCUUCGUCGCGAACAUCUUCAAUCAUGUCCCCCACCCAAAGACCCUUGACUCCCUCUCCAACCCGUCGCCAUAUUCGAAGUGAAUCCCUUACAUCCUUGGGUCGUUCAUUUACCUCUCUACGUGCUGGCGGCACUAGCAAUCCACGAUCGCCUAGUGUGAAAAGUGUACGUCUUUCAGACGAAGAAGGAAGUAUCAUCGACGACACUGCUAGCCAGGCCUUACACUCUUCGAGCGACGAUGACGAUGUCUUCGCUGACGAGACGCUGCUUGAUUCCACCCCUCAGGCUGUCCCCCUGAGCAGUGUACCUCAAUUGAUCAUGCCCAGCAUAUCCAUGCCUGCGCGCCGACCUUUCACAGAAAGAGGUAAGCGCAUGCCCCGGCUUAGGAUCAUGGUCGCUGGGCCCUCUGGUAUAGGCAAGACAAGUUUGAUCAAAAGCAUCGUCCAGGUGUGUGAGGACAUUGUACAUGUCGACCCUGUUGUGGCGAUAGACUCGUCCUCAACCUCAACUACACUUGCACAUGAUGUAUUUGAAACUCAUGCCUCGACCAAAUCCUAUCCGUCUUGGUGGUCAGACAUCGAACAAGGACGUGGUUUGAGACGCCGAAAGAGUAUGGGAGACUCCAUCCUCGAGCGUAAUAUCUCCUUCAUCGAUACCCCUGGUUGGACUAUGAGCGGCGCAAACGACCAAGAGAAUAUGGACGAUGCCAUUAACACCGUCCACGAGCACAUAGAGGCGUCAUUGCGAAGAAACACUCUGUCAGGAGAAUUGAGUGAUAUAGAUCUGCUCGGUGUCUUGAGUGGCAGCGGAGGAUUCCAAGUCGAUGCGUUACUCUACAUGUUCCAUCCCACAUCUCACCAAAUUACUCCCACUGAAAUCGAUGUUCUUCGGCGCCUCUCCGCAUUAACCAACAUAAUACCUGUCAUUGGUAGAGCUGAUACAUGCCAAAGUGACAAUCUCAUGGAUACAAAGACAGCUAUCCGAUCUAGCCUUGAAGCAGCUGGGAUCGGAACACUCACCUUCCAGGCAGCGAAUGCUCAAGACGUCUUGACAUCGUCGCCUUUUGCAGUAUCGUCAGCCUUGAGCGAGGACACAGAGACCAUGGAUGCGAGCGUGCUCAUGUCCUCUGAGUAUGUGCAGCCUCUGGUCUCAAGCGAUCUUACCCAGUUGGUCGACCGGCUGUUUGAUCCCGAUAACGCUCAAUGGUUGCGACAUUGUGCUGUCCGAAAAUUCAUUCAGUGGCGAAGAGAAUACUUGAAGACAUCGUUCGACUCACACAAGCGCGAGCUUCGCGAGCUUGCACUCGAACGACUCGGUUGUCUGCAAGAUGCUGCGCCAUCCUCCAUUUCUUCUGUAUUGUCUUCGCCUUCGGGAUUUCUAGCGCCACAGAUACCUACUCCGAGCCAGCGAGGGUCUUCACCCACCCCUUUCAAGCUUGUACCUGCUAUAUACACGACUUCGCAGUACGACUUCGGCAGGGGUAUUGAUGCUCACAAUCUUGACAGAGAUAACAUGAACUUACCCCAAUGGGCAUACAACUUGAAGGUUGCCCUCGACAUUGAAACCCAAGAAAGGAAACAAUUGACUACGGGUACUGAUGGGAAACACGAAGCUAGCUCAGCCUUGGUCAGAUCUGGCUACGAGAUACCUCAUCAUGUUGAUCGUAGUAAACCAGACAGUCUCGAUCGUCAAGAUCCUCUAGGCUUGCUUGCGCUGAGUCAACGAUUUCACAUCAACAAAUGGAGUGUUCUGCAGGUGGUCGGAGUGUGCGGUGCUGUCGCCUGGGUAGCAAGAAAUUGGGUGACAGUAUCAGAAGCGUUGGGCUUGAGCACGCCGAGUGUCGAGCUUCCUGGGUAUGCAGUAGUGUCAGCCAGGGACAACAGCAGGGCUCCUCUUGAGUUGUUGAGAGCCUUCCUGACAGGAGGCAAGUGGUAG